GCUCUGGCGAUCCCGGUCCUCGAUCAGUUGUGCAAGAUCGCUCGAAGAAAUAUGUUGGAUUUGGUCUAGCUGCCUUCAUCAGUUUGCAGAGUGGAAGAAGUUCAACUCUUUUUUUUUUGUUAGUUAAAGUUAGUUGGUUAAUCGGUGGAGAUAAUUUUGCGUGAUACCCCAUCCAUCCUUUAGUCAAUCGUCGCUUGAAGUGAAGUGUGAAAGAGCUCAGUUCCGAUUCAUCCUACACUCGUAGUCGUAGAGAGAGAGUAGCAUACCUGUAAACGAUAAACGAUCCCAGAAAAAAAGAGGAAGAACAACCCACCCCCGAAGUCAAUUGUCGAGAUGAAAUCGAUAAUUUUAUGCGUCUCGGUUAUGCUGCUGGCAUGUGCUACAGGUCAGCGCAUCACCACGAUCCAGCUGGACGGAGUUCAGUACUUUGUAAGCCGGAUGAAUCCCUACUCACCAGAGCUGAACUACUUCCUGGCCUAUCAGUACUGCCGAUCCCUAGGCCUGCAGCUGGCCUCGUUCGAAACCAAGGAGAAGGUUGAAUCGAUGACCCAGUACCUGCAGAAUGCCGGAUACAGCAAGUACAACUUCUGGACCUCCGGCAAUCGGCUCGGUACCGGAAUGUUCCUGUGGAUGAGCACCGGACUGCCGUUCAACGCGACCUUCGACUACUUUGAGAAAUCUUCCGACUCCACCCUGGACCCGCUGGAUCACAACAGCAACACCUCACCUCAACGCACUGCCCGGGACAGCAGCAGCGGCAUCGAGCGGGGUUGCGUCCAUCUGAAGGCCCCGAACCUACGGUGGGAACCGGAGGACUGUCUGGCCGUGAAGGAUUUCAUCUGCGAACAGACCCGGUGCUACUACUACAACUACGGCAGCAUCCCAGUUUCAUCAGCGCAGGGCCGUCCAAUCAGCACCACUCCAUCAGCCCAAUCCGAAUCUCAGCAGCCGUCCGUACCGCAGCUCCAGACCACACCGGUUCCGGUUAUCCAUUCGACGACCAUGACGCCACCCCAUGUGCCGGAAACGUCUCCAAUUAUGGCCCUGUUGAGUAGUCACCCGCAGAAUGGCUCUUCCGAUGGCAGUCAGGAAUCUCAGGGAGGAGAUGAGGAAGAUGCUCUGCUGGAUGACGAUGAAGAGCACGACGAGGAAGAUCAGGAAGCCGAAGAGGAGUACGAAAUCGAGGGUCGAUCCCAGCAGGACUCGGACGAUCUGGAAGGAACAGAAGAACACACUGAGGAAGAGCAACCGGAAGACGAAGAACAGCUACAGCAUCCGGUUGUUGCCGAUCCUCAUCACAAGAUUCCCGUAGAGCAGAAGCUCAAACAGAUCACCCAGGAGGUGGCUGAGAUGACCCAUUCCGAUCGGGAUAUCGACAACGGUCGCCAGAGCUUCCUAUCGCUGUCCGACUUGAUCAAGAACAUCCGUCCGGCGGAAAAAGUCAUUCCCCAGAUCGACUCUUCCUAUGCCAACACCAUGCGAGUCCUAGGAGAAUCCAUCACCCAGGGAGAAAGUCGAGCGGUCAAAGUCUGAACGGAGCUUAACCCUAGCUAAACCUAACCUAACCUAGAAACCACUGAAUCCCAUAUUCAUCAUAGUUCAUAGAGAUCAUUCACGUUCCCAUCAAUCAACCAUCACAUCACAUCAUCAUGUCACGGUCGCCAUGUGGCGGUGUUUUCUUGUGGGACAACCCGGGGGACUGUGUGCGCCUGUUUGUCGGCUAGGGCGAAGCCUCGAUAACACACGUGGCUCCAACUAGCGGACGAAUCCACAAGUAGCCGUGGGAACUUCCCGAAAACACUUUUGGCACAUGCCACCAAUCACCAUCAUUCAUAAUUUUCCAUUUCGUUAGCUAUAUUCUGAAGAUCCUCUCACGAGAUGCAUUUAUCACUUUCCAUGAGAGGAUCUUUUGUUCAUACAUUCAUAGGAAUUAACGAUCAUCUACAUUUUAACGACAUCAUUCAUUGUGAUCAUUGAAUUUAAUCGUCCAUUUAUCAUAAAGCAAACAUUUUCGUUCAUUAAUCGUUAUCAUUGAAUAUUUUGAUAGAAUCGUCCAUCAUUUGAGAAGUCGAAUAAUCAUCCCAAACAUUCCAUAAAUCAUAGCAAAAUUUACACAUCAAACAUGUUCCACGAUCAUCAAAGUCAUUAUCAUAAUAAUCAUACCAUCAAAAAUAUCAUUCAUUCACUUCAUUUCCCAUCAAAGGUCAGCUGAAUUCUGCUCGGUUUAAGGGUUCAAUUAUUGGAGCUAAACUUUCCAUUAAAAUUUUAGUUGUACGAUUAUUAAAGUAUUAUAUCAAUACUAUUGAAAGACAAACUGUACCAGUUGAACAAAAAAAGACACGAUUUUCCCUCCGUCCGCAUUUUGAAUUUUCCCCAUAUUUCUCAUCGGUAUUUCUCGUUAUUUGUGUUGUUCGAAAACUUAAAAAAAAAUCUUGCGCCAACAAACAAACAAAUAUCAAACGAAAAGAGAAAAAUUAGACUGUACUGAGAGACGUUAGAAUAAAAAAGAAAAACAAAACAUAACAAACUUAAACAAAUCAAAACAAAACAAAACGAUAGAUUUUAAGAUUGAUGUGGACAAGAGCAGUGACGUUGUAAGUUUAAACACUAACAUGAGCCUUUAAAAAUAUAAUCAUAAGUAAAACAACGAUAAGAACAAACAAACAAACAGUGUGAUACGGCCCGCAACCCGCGAACAGGGGAAAACCGUUUUAUGAAAACAGAAGAAGAAAUAAAAAACGCAACACAGGUUGUUGUAGCUAAUGACAGGUGGUGCGAAAGAGAACUGAGGGAGGAAAAAUAAAACGAAUUUUGAAAAUUA